AUGUCGCUCGAAGAUUUGAAAGACUCGAACCACCGUGGCAACGCACCCGCCGGUCCUGUCGCUGUCGCCAACCCUGGCCCCUUGGGUCUCUCGGCCUUCGCACUCACCACCUUCGUGUUGUCUCUCUUUAAUGUCGGUGCUGGUGUGCCUUCAGGUGGACCCGUCCAGGUCGUGACAGGACUGGCAUGCUUCUAUGGAGGCAUCACCCAAAUGCUGGCCGGCAUGUGGGAGUUCAAGGUCGGCAACAACUUUGGUGCCACCGCCUUCACAUCAUACGGCGCAUUUUGGCUGUCAUACGCAGCAAUCCUGAUCCCAGGCUUCGGCAUCGUCCCCGCCUACGAAGGCGCAACAAUCGACCCUCACGCCCUUGACAACGCCCUUGGAAUUUUCCUCCUCUCUUGGGGUUUCUUCACCUUCAUCAUGUGGAUCGCCACCCUCCGUUCCACUGUUGCCCUCUCCUCCAUGUUCUUUGUCUUGACAUUGACAUUCUUCUUCUUGGCCGCGGGUCAUUUGGCACAUUUGGAGGCUGGUAACUAUCCUACCCGUGUUGGUGGUGGGUUGGGUAUUGUCACUGCGUUGUUGGCGUGGUAUAAUGCUGCUGCCGGGUUGUAUGUUCCUACUGCGACGUUCGUUAGGUUGCCUGUUGGACCCUUGGGUCGUACUCAUUCUGAGUAA